AAGUUAUUGUUUACAUAAAGGAAUCCGGAACUAUAUAUUUACAACCUUUUAGUUCUCCAAAACAAACAGCAGAAGCUGCAAAGAAAGAGAUGGAAAGACAAAAUGAGGAGCAACUGGAGAUGGUGGCCAAGGCCUUUGUUGAACAUUACUACAACCUCUUUGACACUGCUCGUCUAGCUCUUCCAUCCUUAUACAACCCUACGUCCAUUCUAUCCUUUGAAGGCCAGACCGUGCAUGGCGCUGAGGAGAUUGGCCGGAAGCUCAUGCAGCUACCCUUCGACCACUGCCGACACUAUGUCUCAACCAUUGAUUGCCAGCCUUCGCCGGUUGCCGGAGCUAUCCUUGUCUUUGUGAGUGGUAACCUUCAGUUGCCUUGUGAGGAGCAUCAGCUUAAGUUCAGUCAGAUGUUUCAGUUGGUGCCCACACAACAAGGGAGUUUUUUUGUGCAAAAUGAUAUAUUUCGGCUGAAUUAUGGUUGAUUUAAAGACUUGAUGGAAUUUAGAGAAAUGAAGAUCGAUAUAUAUAUAUAUAUAUAUAUAUCUGUGUGUGGUGAUGAAUAUGGAUGUUUGGUUAUUGGUUUCUUUUGUGUUGUUGCAGAGAUGCUUGAUUCUUGUGAUGCUUAACUUCUGUUGCAAUAAAGAAUAUUUAUAUGGAGUUGUUCUAGCUAAAA